GCGAAGAUCAUAUUGUGCAUGUGUCUAAACACAAAACUACAAGAACACAUCAUGCAGCACAAAUUGUGAUGCCAAACGAUAUGUAUAGCCUAGUGGACACAUAUAUACGUGUCAUACGGCCUGUAUGUGAUAAUGAACUGGUAUUUGUCAGUGGAAGGGGGGCAGCCCUGGGCUCAUUCCGCCUUGCUGAAUGGCUUGAGGAGAAGCAGUUGGGAAGACUGACAAUAAACCAAUUUCGAAAGAAGUUGGUGACAGAGGCAUUUGCUCAAGCCAAAUCGGCAAAGGAAACUAACAUAAUGGCUAAGCAUAUGAAACAUUCCGAAAAUACCCAAAAGACUGUGUACAACCUACAUAGUCAGGGGCAGAAUGCCGUGGAAGCCCACAGGCUAAUUAGGUCCUUGACAAGAAGUGAGAGGGUUACUGCUCCUUCUGCUACUG